UUGUUAUUUUUACGGUUUAUUUAAUUUACAUAACUAAAAUGAGUUUAGAUUAGCAACGCUUUGCAAUUUUUUAGCCAUUAAUCGAUAUAAAGCGGCGUCGGCGGUGUCGGGUCCACAUUGCCGCCGUCGCCGCAAUGUUCCGUCAACGCUCGCUGCUACUCGCCGCAGUGCUUGCUGUCCCAGGCGUGAUACUGGCCAACGAAUUCAUCCCGAAAGUACCAGAACAAUGUCAACAAAUGGGCUUCUGUGAGAACUUGCCCGACUAUCCGGCAGAACGCGUCGCCGACAUCAUCAAACAAUUAGGUAGCGAGCUCGACAAGUACAAAGUUCAGAUUGACGCGUCCACAUUGCUGUCCAGAAACGGAGAUGAGGAAGAACUCUGCGAUUUCAAGCGCAAGACUAUAGUGCCUAUGGCUGCGCCGGAUACUAAUGGCCAAUGGCACUACGUCGUCAACCAAAAGGAAGCGCCGUUGCAAAGCUUCAUUGUUGAGGUGUGCACAGAAGCUGGUUCGCCUUGCUCCGAUGUUGCCUAUAUUCACACCGGUUACACGGCCAGCUGCAAGCAGAAGUUUAUUUAUCGUAACUCGCCGAGUUUGAGCGGCGGCGGCGAGAUGGUUGAAAGGCAGCUGAUGUUCCCUAGUUCCUGCUCCUGCCAAGUUCGGCAGGCCGGUGACCUGUAAAUAGAAGAUUGUGUCACAAGGGAGCAACAUAACACAUUUACUGCGAAGGCAUUCAUGGAGUCCUAAACGAAGCCAAGGAUUCUAUAAUAGAAUUCCGAGAAAUUCUUAAAUG